GGUGUUGAGGUUGAGAGUGGGGGAGAAACCUUCGUAGCGGAGGGCAACGAGAUUAUCCUGAGCACAGGAGCUAUCGCCUCUCCGCAGAUUCUGAUGCUGUCGGGGAUCGGGCCUGCGGCGCACCUCGAAGAGCUGGGCAUUCCGGUGGUGCAUGACGCGCCGGGCGUGGGGCAGAACCUGCGCGACCAUCCUGUGGUGUGGGUAACAUGGCGGACGAAGCCUGAGAUUGAUUUGGAAAGUCUCGCAUUCGAGCCACGCAGCCAGCUUAUGCUGCGGUACACGGCGACGGGGUCCGACCUGCGGAACGACGUGAAGAUUUCGAUGUCGAACUUCGCAACGGAUCGGGUUGACCGGGGCGGCAACAGGAUGGUUCCGGUGGGAGUGCGGAUGUCUAUCAUACUGGACCUUGCGGUCAGCUCCGGGGAACUGAAGCUGACCUCGGCGGAUCCGAAUGAGCAGCCGUCGCUGUUCUACAACUACUUCGCGGAGGAGUUCGACCGACAGCGGUCGCGCGAGGGGAUACGGAUGGCGCUGAAACUAGCGGAGCAUCCGGACUUCGAGAGCAUAAUACAGGAGCGGAUAGAGCCGCAGGACUCGAACAUAGAGUCGGAUGAUGCGCUGGAUACGUGGAUGAUGAAAGAGGCGACGACGGGUCAGCACAUAUCGGGCACGUGCAAGAUGGGGCCUGCGUCCGACCCUAUGGCGGUAGUCGCGCAGAACGGGCGCGUGCAUGGCAUCGAGGGGCUGCGCGUGGUGGACGCUUCGAUUAUGCCGGACUGCAUACGCGCGAACACGAACGUUACGACCAUGAUGAUAGGCGAGAACAUCGCGGACAUGGUGCGGAGCGGGAGUUAGCUUUUGCAUCGAUGGACAGGAUUAACUUUUCUCAGUUAACUCUGUCCAUUCUCUUUUUUCUAUCGUUUGGACUUAUGCAAUGUAGAGGUGAAGCAUGCGGCUUGAGGGCAAGGUUGCGAUUAUUACGGGUGGCGCGAAUGGGAUGGGCGCGGAGGAGUGCAGGAUUUUCGCGCGCGAGGGCGCGAAGGUGGUGAUCGCUGACAUCCUGGAAGAGGAGGGAAGCAGGUGGAGGCGGAGAUCGCCGAAGCCGGGGGCGAUGCGGUGUUCGUGCGCCUGGAUGUGACGAGCGAGGAUAACUGGGCUGCCGUGAUUGAAGCGACGCUAUCGCGCUACGGCAAACUGGACACCUUGGUGAACAACGCCGGCAUCGCAAGGCCGCAUACGCCGGAAGACCUGCGCGUGGAAGAUUGGGACGAUCUUAUGAACAUCAACGCGAAGGGUGUGUUCCUGGGGAUGAAAUACGCGAUUCCUGAGAUGCAGAAGGCGGGCGGCGGCUCCAUCGUGAACAUAUCGUCAAUAUCGGGAUGGUCGGUCAGAAACAAGUUCACAUGGGAUACAACGCGUCGAAGGGCGCGGUGCGCAUAGUACGAAGUCGGCGGCGGUGCAGUACGCGCAGGACGGGAUACGGGUGAACUCGGUGCAUCCCGGUACGAUGCCGCCGAUGCUCACGUCCGCGGCGAGUACCCCGGAGAUCCGGAGCGAAAUGCUUGCGGGUGUUCCUAUGGGUAGGGCGGGACGGCGCGAAGAGGUGGGGAAUGCGGUGCUGUUCCUGGCGUCGGAUGAGGCGUCGUACAUCACGGGGGCGGAGCUUGUGGUGGAUGG